ACGUAUAUAUAGCUUUCCACAUUUAAAGACCAACUUCUUUAAGAAAAUUAGGGUUCAACUUUUUGGGGCAUUGAAUUGGAUGGACAUUGCCAAAAAGAAAAGUAUGCACAGGAUCAAAUCUCGCCCACGUAGCUCUCAUGGCUUUUGGAUGAAGAGAGUGAGGACCACUCCAACCAAAUUCAUCGCCCUGCAUGAAGGGAUCUCUAGCAUAUACACGACGACAAAUGCUCUACUUUUUCCCAGCAAACCCAGCACAUCUUGCGAUUAAACAAGGUCUGUGCGUUAGCGUGUAUAGUGUCGCGGGUGAGGACAAAGACGCUCUUUUGAGGGUGGAAGCUCGCUCUCCAGUAGCUUUGCAGCUUUUUCGUUUAAAUGCUGGCCACUGGGGCCUCUGGUGUGUUAAUUCUCGAAAAGGAGGAAAGAGGCAGCUAUCAAUCACGGCCCAUGCCUGGAGAGCGCUAGAAAUCGCGCGAGCGAGCGAGUUUGGUGCAUCAUGUCUUGGCUGUGAUCCUAAAAUUCCUGGCUCAUGGCCGCGAUGGAGUGUUUAGAUUUCUCCUUCUAGCGUGGUGGAGUUUGGAGGGAAGGAUCCUUCCUAUCAGUGGAGUAUCAAGUUGGAUCAUGAUCCCGGUAGAGGACGGCAAGGAGUGUCCGCCAAGCAAGCGCCCUCGGCCAGAUCGUCAAGGAUCGUCAUCAAUUCUGGAUCCCCUGCUUCCAGGCCUCCCGGAUGAUCUAGCGCUGCUGUGCCUGGCUCGGGUCGAUCGAAUCUCCGGGCUGUGGGGAGUGGCAAGGUCCUGGCAGCGCCUCCUGUACGAUUGCCCUUUCUUCUUCCCCGCUCGCGCGAAGCUGGGGCUGCCGGGCGGAUUUAACUGGCUCUACGUUCUCAUCGCGUCCAAGAACACCAAGAACAGCACCGGAGGCGCCGCCGCCUUCCAGUGGUACGCUUUCGAUCCUUUGGCGGCCAAAUGGCAUCGCCUCCCUCCCAUGCCACACGACGUGAGAUUUGAGCUCUCGCGCCGUGGAUUCUUGCCGGGCCCUUAUUCGCUCUCCUCCAUCCAAUGCGCGAGCACUAGCGACAAACUCAUCGUUGUCGCUGGGACACGUACCGCCGGCGCCGACACCCAGGCAGCACCAUCAUCAAGCGCCGCCACCGCCAGUGUACCGCGGGCACCACCUGGCGGUAUGCCGCCGGUGGAGCCUGCGCUGGACAGCCCGCUCGUCUUCCACGUGCGCACCGCCAGCUGGAGCCGGGGCCCACGGUACACCGUCCCGCGCCGCUGGUGCAGCUGCGGCACAACCGCCGGCGGCCAGCUGCUCGUCGCCAGCGGCUGCGGCAACGAGUGGGACCUGCGUACCGCGCGGCAGGCGGAGAUGUGGGACACCAACGGCGGCGCCGUCGCGGGGUGGCGCGCGGUACAGCCGCUCGAGUCUUCCAAGCUCAGCCGCGAGGCGACGCCGGCGGUGGAGUUUGACGGUAAGCUCUAUAUGGUCAGCGCGCGCAGCGGGCUGGUGCUUAAUCCGGGGAGCGAGACGUGGGAGCCCAUGCCGAGCGGACUGACGCGCGGAUGGAACGGGCCCGGCGUCACCUCCGGCGGUAAGCUGUUCGUCAUGGAUGAUACCGCCGGGCGGAUCAAGGCGUACGACGGCGGUACGGAGAGCUGGGUUUGCGUGCUCGAGGACAAGAGGCUCAAGAACUUGAGGAAUGUGGUGGCGGCGCAUGGGAAGAUCUGUGGAUCGGUAGGGGGAUUGAUCAGGGUUGUAGACAUUGGGAAGAGUCCGGUGGAGUUUAGGGACAUUGAAAUUCCUGUGGAGGGACAGAUCAUGGGGUUGCAAAUUCUCUCCAAAUUGGAGGGAAGUGUGGAAUUGUGAUGAGAUUGUCUUUGAAUUUUUGCGAUGACAUCUGUCUUUGAUUUUU